AUGGCUCACGACGAGCGUCCUGAAGCUGCCGCCUAUACCAGCACCAGCCUCCAACUAAUCAAAAGUCCACUAGCCGACAGGAAAAAACUCGACGCGGCGUCACUUGUCAAUUCGAGAGAGUCCCGGUUCAUCGUCGAUCCUGAUGUGGACGACGGGCUGGAAUUUGCAAGGUUGUUCUAUGACCUUUGGUUUGUCGCAAACCUGAAUGUCUUCUCGACGGUCCAUGAGAUCAAUGAUGCUUCAAGUCUGGGAUCAUUUGUGGGAUACAUCUUACUUCUUUGGACCACUUGGCUCUUAACAACCCUAUACGAUGUCCGCUAUGUCACAGAUAGUGUCUGGGAGCGAGUAUCUCGUGCCGUGCACUUGGCCGUCAUGGUCGGCUUUGCAGAACUCGGCCCGACAUUUGACUUCUUCAAAGAAGCAAAAUCUGUCUUCCGAGCCAUGUGGCAAAUCGACAAUAGGUCUGUUCCUUAUGGUGUCACGGUCGAUGCUCGCGCUUCAAUAUUUCAUGAUUGUCUUCCAACUUCGUCUUCAUCUACUGUUUGGCGUCUACAAGUCCUACAUUCAACCAAGGCUCAUGCUAAUUACAUGCCACUCAGCAUAUAUCUCACGGUAUCUUUCUUGUCUGUCGAUGAAACAAGCUCAGUUGUUGCUGUUAGUUGGUAUCUUGGGGCAAUAGCUGAGGUUGUCAUCCACCUCGGCCUCUCCAGUAUCAAGGCGCUUAGCUUGUCCGAUACCCAUCUAAGCGAGCGUAUGAAUCUGCUGACUUUGAUCAUCCUUGGUGAAGGAGCAAUUAUCGUAGCCCGAAACAUUCAGACAGUUGUGAAGAAUACCUUCCUGAAGAACAGCGGUAAUAUGUGGUGUACGCGAAGCUACUGCCCGCCUCACUAUCCUUCCGCCGCUCUCAUCGGAGUCAUCACAUGUGCAGUCGCCCUGAUCUACUUCGUCUACCAGAUGUACUUCGACUGGAUGCACUCUGGCAGACUGGCUCAUACGCGACAAAUGCUUUGGGUUUCGUGGCAUUUGCCAUUCCAUAUCGCUCUAGUACUUCUUCUAGAGGGCGCAAAUCAGUUCAUCGCUUGGUCUCAGGCGCUCCAGUCGAUCAAAUCAGCGGCCCGAAGCAUUGUCGACAUCACGCAUGAGCUGCCUAAGAAUCCAACCACAAAAGAAGUGGUCCUGGCACUAAAUGAAACUGUCACAGAGCUCUUGGAGUCAUACCCUCCGGAAGAUGAGGCCGCAGCUUGGGAUGAUGUCGAGAGGACGUAUAAGAACCUGCUCACUCUUCCCAAUACCUUCUGGGAAGUGAGUGGCCGGCUGGCCGACAAUGACCCAGAAGUGACUUGUUGGUUGAACGGCACAAGAGAUCUCGCACAAACAGUCUUCAAUGGCAUAUUUGCGUCGUUAAGCCUCGCUGCACCUGCGGAGGAGCCCAAGUCUACCGACGUACAGUCUGCCACGGAAGCCGCAUAUCUGGCCACUGCGCACAAGUUCGGGACUGUCCAUGGAUGGUCUGUCUUCAACAUACUUCAAGCAAUGUUCACCGUUGGCAUGGGCCUCGGGCUUGCGCUCAUCAGCUUGCUCACGUUCAACCAAGGCGCUCUGUCUAACUUUUUACCAACGCCAUGGCCACUACCGACAAUUGCCAUCUGUUACUUUGUUAUUCUGGUUCUCAGUCACAUACCCGAGCCGAAGACGCUGUGUUCAAGAAGGAGAACAGGGACUUACAGCACUGUGGACAAGUCGGACAAUAUUGAGCUAAGGGCUGUGCGGGAAGUUUAG